GUCGUGAUCGAAUCAGCGAGUGCGCGAACGUAUUUGAGUGAUUUGAGUGAUACGAGUAUCUUGUGCGAACAGAAUGGCAAAAAUGGCGGUUGGCAAGAUGGACGCGUUUGAUCGGAACAAAGAUAAUUGGGCGACGUAUAUAGACCGGCUGGAGCAGUAUUUUAUAGUAAAUGAUGUGCAAGAUGAUCGCAAAGUACCAUUAUUAAUUACCGCGAUGGGAGCAGAUAGCUACGAUUUAUUAGUGACCUUGUGUACUCCGACUAAACCAUCAGAAAAAACCUACAGUGAACUUGUCAAACUUAUGUCAAAUCAUCUGCAGCCGCGGCCUAGUGUUUUAGCGGAAAGAUAUAAAUUUCGUCAACGCAAGCAGUCGAAAAAUGAAUCGAUAGCGGAUUUUAUUGCGGACUUGCAAAAGCUAACUAAAUAUUGUGAGUUUGGUACGUGGUUGGAUGACAGCUUACGAGAUCAAUUCGUGUGUGGAUUGUAUAAUGAGACUAUUCGAAUGCGGCUAUUUACGGAAAAGGACCUGAAGUUUGCUAAGGCUAAGGGAUUAGCAAUAGCGAUGGAGGCAGCAGAGGUUAAUGCGGCAGCGGUAGAAAGUCGAGGUCGGUCAUCAGGAAAUGACGCCACGACGCCAUGUUUUUCUAUAAGCAACGACAAGCAUUCAAAUUUCAAGACGCCAUUACGGAACACACGAAGUUAUCCGAAAAGCGACGAGCAAACCAAAGUAGUUCGCAACGAAGUUAACCGAUGGAGGCCGAACGGACAGCGGCCGAACAAUAGUUAUCGGGGACCUGUGACGUCGAGAUCAGCUGACGGCAGCCGCGCGCAAGUAGGUCAAGGACAUGGGACGUGCUCAGCGUGUGGUGGUGCGCAUGCGGCUCAGACGUGCAAAUUUCGACUUUAUGUAUGCCGUGUUUGUAAUCAAGACGGACACUUGAAAAAAAUGUGCCCGAGGUUGACAAAAGUUAACUACGUUGAGGAUGAGUAUUCGGAAGAGGAAACAUAUGACUUAGAGUUCCAGGUUUAAGAGUGUGUUCUCGGAGGGCCUGGGGAGGUACAACGGCGGGCUAGUGUCACUGCGAGUGCGGCCGGACGCGCAUCCCGUGUUUCUACGCGCGCGCCCCCUGGCGUACGCGCUGCGCGAGCCGG